AUAUAGCGCAUUAGAGCUGGAAGAGAGUUUGCAAUUAUCUCAUCCAACACCUCAAUUUCCAGUAAAGGAACUGAGACACAGAGGGGGAGAGUGACUUGCCCAAGAUCUCAUUGGAGACACAGUUGGGACAGACUCUUGAUUAAUGCUGUUUAAAUUCCUCCCAAAAGUUUCCUCUAAGCUCUUUCAGACAUGACUUGCUCAUUCACCUUGAAAAAUUGCACAUCUAGUCUAGACCGUGUCAUAUAGUAGGUGCUCCAUAAAUGUUUAUUGAAUCACAAAUGAAGGAGUGAGUCAGCAAACCGCAGGAGUAAAUGAGGGAGUGAACGAGGCAGUGAGAGUUAAGGAGGCUCAGAGAGUGAUGAAGGAAUGAAUGAAGAGCAGGAGGUUCUGCACAUUCAAGACUCAAGUCAAGCAGAAAUGUGAACGGCUGGGCUGCUCGUCUAGUAUCUAGGAGCCAGAAGGAUGCUUAGUCUCACUGCUGGCAGGCAGUCCUGUGUUCCACCAAGCUGAAGCCAUGAGGAUCCACAGCCUCACCCUGCUGCCCUUCCUCCUUCUGGCCACUCAGGUGCUCUUGGUGGUCCGUGCACAGGAAUUAUGGGAACUGCAAAACAAUAUGGCAACCAAGGAUGAUUGGAUGACUCUGGGUAAGCCCCAAAUUGUGCAGAAAGCCGGGCAACACAAGCCCCUGGUCAAUGGCGUAAUUGUCACCCCAGACCAGGCUUCAUGUACUGUGACUCUGAUGGAGCACGAGGAGGGCACCGCCAUGAAGGCCGUGUGCUCCCGAAUGGACCACGACUUUUCCUGUGUCUUUACUGGCAACCCAACUUCCUGCAUAGAGGGCUAUAAAAGUGACAUGAUCUUCUGGAGACAAAUUGCCUAUCGUUUAAGCUGCCAGAGGAACCUUUGUGAAGAUGCCAACACGGUCCUGAGGAGCAGGAUCUGCAGUAGGAGGUUUCCAGAAUCCAAUUUCAAGCUGGUAUACUCCACUCUGAUCGAUGAUCUCAACCAGUGGGAUAGGGACAUCACCCCCUGGUGGCAUAUCAUAACCCAGGAGGCCCCCUCCAAGGGUACAACAAAAGUCAUACCGUUCUUUCCAAAGAAGGGGAUCCAGACCAUUGCACCUGUCCCUACAGAGGUGAUCCAAGUCACAGAAAGCACCCCCAGAGCGCCCAUCAUAAUUGAACAGACCACCCCCACGGAGCAGACAAAAGGGAAAAAGAGAACCACUACACGGAAGCCCAAGACUAAACAGACCACCACCACAGUGCCCAUCGUGAUUGAAGAGACCACGCCCACUGAGGAGGUCAAAGUCGAAGAGACCACCACUACAGAGCAGCCCCAGAUUGAACAGACCACCACUACAGUGCCCAUCGUGAUUGAAGAGACCACGCCCACUGAGGAGGUCAAAGUGGAAGAGACCACCACUACAGAGCAGCCCCAGAUUGAACAGACCACCACCACUGAGCAGGUCAAAGUGCAAGAGGCCACCACGACACAGCAGCCCCAGAUGGAAGAGACCACCCCCACGGAGUCAUUUUACAAUGAAGUUACCACCCCCAAACCCAACUGUAAGGAUGUCUCAGGCGUCAAAGUCAAGAAAACGAUAAUCUAUCAGUCACCCCGUGUAAAAGGACAGAAGACAGCCCAGCAGAUGGACGAGGAUACAGCCCAGCAGACAGACCAGGAUACAACCCAGUAGACAACUUGAAUUGCCGUGGAGUCAGGGAGCAUCUUCUGCCAAAUCUUCAGUGCUGUGUUACAGGACAAAUAAUUGUAAUGAGGCUAAAACUGGUUGAGUCUUCAGGAAAUAUCAUGUUCUUAGUCCCUCUGUAUGCUAUAAAGCUUUCCAAGUUCUCUAUGAAAUACGUAUGAAUUUUGUGCUAUGGAAGUGCAGUGGGAUAUUUCAAUAGAUUUUGUAAUCCUUGUUUUUGUGUUUUUAAAUUUCCUUUGUUUAAUGGAGUUAAAUUUAGACUUCCUUUUAAAUUUCCUUUCACUUGCUUGGUUGUGAUUUUAAGAGGCUGUUUACCACAAGGUAUGUUUCUCUUGCCUAUAAAGCUAUGUGUACAUGCACAGUGUGCCCUUGUAUUGAAUAGCCAGAAUGAUGAUUUCAGUGCAAUGCAAUUUCUGUCAAAUUAACAAAGAUAAUAAAGCUCUAGGCAUUUUUCAGAAAUA